AUGAGGGGUCAAUUCCUUCUCUUUAUCUCAAUUCUGCACAUACUCAAUUUGGCUGCCACCGCAAACAGCAGGCCUCUUGUGCCAAAUGGGACAGAGCUGCCUAAUUCAUCUAGGUCUUCAGGGACAAACCUAACCUUCAAUAAGGAGAAUGGAGGCAAGGAAAACUUGGAGGAAGCAGAAGAAAACAGAGAAGUGAACAGAAUAGGAUCAAGUCCACCAAGCUGUGAGCACAAGUGCUAUGGAUGCAUGCCAUGUCAAGCCAUUCAAGUGCCUACCACCACUGGCCAUGUGGGAGUUCAAUAUGCAAAUUAUGAACCUGAAGGGUGGAAAUGCAAAUGUGGUCCUACAUUAUACACUCCAUGA